AUGCCGGCGACACGCAUAUUCAACACUGUCGGCGUUCACGCGGCUGGCGAAGUCUGCGAUGUCGUCGUUGGCGGCGUUCUUGAUGUCCCCGCCAAGAACAUGUACGAGAAAAUGAUGCAUUUCUGGGAAAAGGAAGACCACCUUCGCCAGCUAUUGCUCAACGAACCUCGUGGAUGUUCCGCCAUGUGUCACAAUCUUAUCCUUCCACCGUGCAACCCAGAGGCCGAUGCUGGAUUCAUCAUCAUGGAGCAUGAAGAAUACCCGCCCAUGUCUGGGGCCAACACAAUCGCUACGGCUACAGUCUUGUUAGAAACAGGCAUGGUCCCGAUGAAGGAGCCGGUCACCGAGGUGAAACUGGAUACACCAGCUGGCUUGGUCACCGUCAAGGCAGAAUGUGCAAAUGGAAAAUGUACAAGUGUCACUUUUCACAAUGUCCCGGCAUUUGUGUUUGCCCUUGACAAGGAGAUCGACGUUCCUGGCAUCGGUUCCGUCAAGGUCGAUGUUGCUUGGGGCGGGAUGAUUUAUGUUCUUGUUGAUGCGGCCUCUGUGGGCCUCAAGAUUAAGAACGUGAACGGUGCGAGCCUUGUCAGUCUUGGCGAGCGUGUUAAGCGGGCUGUUCAAGAACAGACAGACUUUGUGCAUCCCGAGAACCCCAAGAUCCGGGGCGUCACCGUCCUCGAGUUCACAGAGCCUCUCGCCAACGAGCGAGAUGGUAAGGCGGCAGCUAACACAGUGGUUGUCUCUCCUGGAAGACUUGAUCGAAGUCCCUGUGGAACAGGCACCUGUGCGCGCUUGGCCGUCCUUCACGCGAGGGGGCAGCUUGCCGAUGGAGAAGCCUUUUAUCAUCGCAGUGUAAUUGGCACUGAAUUCAUCGGCCGCAUCCACGGCACAACCAAAGUCGGAGACUAUCCUGCUGUCUACCCUGCUGUUACGGGUAGGGCGUGGAUUACGAGCUACAAGCAAGUUGUUUUGGACCCAACAGAUCCGUUUCCCGAAGGGUUUAGGGUGGGGGAUACUUGGCAUUUAGAUGAAGAGCUAGAUGUAUGA